AUGGGCCAGUUUGGUGGCUCUCAGACCAAUGGGCUUGAGGACCAGUUGCGAAACAUGAUUCUCACCAACGGUACUCCAGCAACCGGCCAGCCUCAGGUCCAAGAUGCGCCACGAACAGCCGCGCACUUACCCGGCGGCGGAAUCCCAGCAAAUGGACCGAACGAUCAUCUUCAACCCCAUGGAGAUCUUUCCGAAGCUUCAGCCGGGGUCAAUGGCAAACCACCACCCUCGCCUAAAGUGGGCAGAAAGCGACUCAACCAGGCGCAGAGACGACAGAUGAAUGCUCAGCUGUCCAUUCCCAUUGACACUCGACCCUCCCCACCUACCGAGGUUGGACGACCCUACACAGGCUGGCCUUCUCCUUCCUACCCUCACGAGCAUCCUAGAUUCCCGCCUCAAGGGCGACCAGGCAAGACUUAUCAUAACCAAGACCUGCACCAUAGGCCGUCUCACCUCGCAGGCGGCAUGUCACCUCGCUCCCCAAGACAGAACGGACAUCGACACCUCGCCAACUCUGACCGAUACCAGCAUGACCAGAACACAAGUGGUCAACAAGAGCACGGUUCACCGCGUUUUCCACGGAGCAACCAUGGCCAGCUCUACAGCCCCCGUGGUCAACACCACCCAGUCCGGCCCGAGGAGUUGGAAAACCAGGCCUCCUACUUGGAAAGCCUCUGCAACACUCUUGUUGCCGGCGCAGAGAUUGAAAGAGGAGAGAUCGCCGAGAAGGAAGCCUUUCGAGUUAAGAUCGAACAAGUGUGCCAGGCUGCAGUUGCCGAAUAUGAGGCGACUCAAAAUGGUCUGGAGAACUUCCCCCCGCCGUCUGUACAACUCAAGUGCUUCGGCAGUCUGUCCUCUGGGUUCGCAACGAAAGCCUCAGAUAUGGAUCUCGGUCUGGUCUCACCCCUCUCUACACCUCAGCCGGACGAGUCGGGUUCCGCGAUACCUAGGCUCAUCGAGAAGGCUUUCCUCGAAAUCGGCCUUGGCGCGCGUUUGCUGACCCGUACGAGAGUACCAAUCAUCAAGCUUUGUCAGAGCCCUCCCGCGAAGCUGCUCAAGGAUCUCCUGGAAGAGCGUGAAAAGUGGGAAAAGGGCAUCGUGGAUACCGACCAUGCAGAUGCUGCAGACGAUGACGAGACGGCUGAUACCCACACCAAAGAAAUGACGGAUGAAACGAUCGAAGACCCAAACAACUCAAAGACGGACGAGUUGUCUCCUGCAGACUCCAACUUGAACCACCCCAGAGUGCCGGCCAUUUACCAGCCUGAGAAUCAGUCUCUGUCCGCUUACUAUAAUGUAGCGAAGCGGACUUUGAGAAGAUUGGGAGGCCGAGAUGUCACUCUCUCCAACUGUCGCGAGCUGGUAGAGGAAGAUUACGACUUACUCAAUAAGGUUUGCGAAGCGUUCCUGAAGGGUAUCCGCGAUGUGCCGCUGAGACACAGACUCUCAAACUACCUGUCUCUAUCUUUCAAGACAAUUCCCAAUGUUCUCAACUACCGGUCCCUGGCUGGCGUGUACGCCCAGAUGGAAGGCGAGAGGAUUGUAAUGCUCUGCGAGAGAGAGGCUGAAAUUGGAAGCAUAGACGACACAGAUGAUGCAACUCGGAAUUUGAUUGCGUCUUGGAAGACCCUCCAGAACCAGCAGCACUUUGGCAUCGAGCCCCUCACGUACAGCAAGCAUCUACAGUUGUACCUGGAGAAGCUCAAAAAGCUUGCCAUUGCGCAGCUGCUCACUCUCGAACAGAGCCAGUUUGAAGCAGCUUCCGGGUACCACGCGAGGACCCUCAAGAUCCUCGCCAAUCUCAGGCCCCGGAGCGACCCUGAUGCAACAGCCGCAAAACAACUCAUCAUCGAUAGGUACGCGACCGGUAUCUGGCCGAGCACCACUCGCAAGAGUGUACGCGAGUUCAUCGACACCACCAACGGACCACUCAGCCUCCUCACCGUCGCGCGCCGCCAUAAGAGUCUACAACUUGCACUCGAACUCGAAAAGGCAGUCGACCAACACCUGUAUGACCCGAGCAUCGAGAACGACGUAAGAGAAUACAUCUCGAUCCUCCGCGGUCCCAUGCGGAAGAGCAACGUCCAAGACCCCCAGUACGAAUUUGUCAUCCCCGUCACCAAGCAAAACAUGGAGACCAUUAAGCGCAUGCGCGACCUCAAGGACCCGGCCAAGAUGGCCAUCAAUCAACCCCGCGACCCCUAUCGCGACAAGCUCGAGUUCCCCAAGAACGGUGUCGGCGUCCAGUGCGACAUCAACUUCGCCGCCCAUCUCGCGCUGCAUAACACCCUCCUCCUCCGCUGCUACUCCCAUACCGACCCCCGCGUCCGCCCGCUCGUCCUCUUCGUAAAGCACUGGGCGAAAGUCCGCGGCGUAAACACCCCGUACCGCGGCACCCUCAGCAGCUACGGCUACGUCCUCAUGAUGCUGCACUACCUCGUCAACGUAGUCCAGCCCUUCGUCUGCCCCAAUCUCCAAGCCCUCGGCCCCCCGCCUCCUCCCCCAGAAGGCCUGCCUUCCAAUUCCCCUGCGCUGCGCGACGAGAACAUCAUCUGCCGCGGCCGCUUCGUCGGCUUCUGGCGCGACGAGGCCGAGAUCCUCCGCCUCGCGCAGAUGAACCAGCUCAACGGCAACCGCGACUCCGUCGGCCAGCUCCUCCGCGGCUUCUUCGAGUACUACGCCCAGAACGGCUCCAUGAGCACCUACCCGGGCCGAGGCUACGACUGGGGCCGCGACGUCCUCAGCAUCCGCUCGCCGGGCGGCCUGCUCUCCAAGACGGAAAAGGGCUGGACGGGCGCCAAGACGGUCAUCGAGUACCGUCCCAACGCCAACAACGCCGCCACCGCCAACUCCCCGAGCACCGACGGUCCUCUCCCCGGAUUGCAGGGACAACACAUGACCCUGAAGUCGCCCAUCGACCCGCCUACCCCGACGACGAUGACAACCACCAGCGGCACCAUCACCACCUCAACCGACAGCAGCGCGGCAGCAUCGGCAGCGGCGCAGAAGAAUGGCGAAGUCAAGGAAGUCCGGCACCGCUAUCUCUUCGCCAUCGAAGAUCCCUUUGAACUAGACCACAACGUCGCCCGUACGGUCACGCACAAUGGCAUCGUUGCCAUCCGCGACGAAUUCCGCCGUGCGUGGCGCAUCAUCAAGGCCGCGGGCGCGGGCAACUUUGGCGAGGAGCUGCUUCAGGAUGUUGCGGCCGUCAAGGAGGAGGGCGAGAAGAGCACGUAUCUGCAGCUGUUGGACGAGAUUCACGGGUGGGAAUUGUUUGAGUAG